AUGUUCUCUCGCAUGCUCCACCUCACCCACACCGCCUCGCGCGGGCUUCUCGUUCUCGCACUCACAGCCUGCGCACCCACCGACAUCUGGCCCAAGGGCCCGGGCAAGGCGCUCGUCCCGCAGGCCCCCACGGCCGAGCUGCGCGGAAUCCUCGCGCAGAUCGACCCCGCGCGCAUAAACACGAUCAUCACCAAGCUCGUCUCCUUCGGCACGCGCCACACGCUCUCGAGCCAGACGGACCCCGUGCGCGGGAUCGGCGCGGCGCGCGACUGGCUCGCAGCGGAGAUGCGGUCCAUCGCGAAGGGCGCGCGCCCGGGCACGAACGUGACGAUCACGACCCCCAGCUAUAUCCAGCAGCCCGUGAGCCGCAUCCCGACCCCGACAAACAUCAGCGACGUCGUCGCGACUAUCCAGGGCGCGUCCGACCCGAACAGGGUGUACGUGAUCACCGGCCACUACGACUCGCGUGUGACCGACAUCAUGAACUUUACGGACGACGCCCCCGGGGCGGACGACGACGCGUCGGGCGUCGCCGUCGUCCUCGAGCUCCUGCGCGCGAUGGUGCAGCGCCCGCCCCCAGCUGCAACGAUCAUCCUCGCGGCGGUCGCGGGCGAGGAACAAGGCUUGUUUGGGGCGGACCACCUCGCGCAGAUACUCGACGACGCGGGAGCGGACGUGCAGGGGAUGUUCACGAACGACAUCGUGGGCAGCCCGAAGGGCGACGGCAGCGACGCGGACCCACUCAGCAUCCGCCUCUUCGCGCAGGGCAUGCCGACGACGGAGAGCGCCGCCCGCACGGCGACGCGCGAGUCGAUUGGCGGCGAGAACGACAGUCCGCCACGUGAGCUCGCGCGCUUCGUUGACGAGGUCGCGACCAACGAUGCGACGGGAAUGAAAGUGCGUGUCGUGUACCGGCUGGACCGCUUCCUGCGCGGGGGCGACCACGAGCCGUUCCUCGAGCGUGGCUUCCCCGCCGCACGCUUCACGGAGCCACACGAGGACUUCGCGCACCAGCACCAGGACGUGCGCGUGGACUCGACGGGGAAGCAGUUCGGGGACCUCAUCGAGUUCUGCGACUUCGACUUCAUCGCGCGCGUCGCGAAGGUGAACGGCGCCGCGCUGUGGUCGCUCGCGAAGGCGCCCGGCACGCCGACUAACGUCACGAUCGACACGUCCGUGCUCACGAACAACAGCACGCUGCUGUGGACGCUGGGGGCGGACGAGGGGCUUGCGGGGUACGAGGUGCUGUGGCGGCCGACGAUCGCGCCGUUCUGGACGAACGUGAUUCCGGUGGGGCUGGUGGACCGCGUGACGGUGCUGCAGUCGAAGGACAACGUCGUGUUCGGCGUGCGCGCGGUGGGCACAAACGGGUACCGCAGCCCGGCGGCGUUCCCAUUCCCUUAG